AUGACUGGACCACCGUUAGAGACUCCACCAAGGGAGCAUUUUCUGGAAAAUUUGAGGGAUUUUGCAAGAAAUUUUGGUGGACCGAGGGGGGAGGAGCGGAAUCAAAAUAAGGUUACUUUUUAUUUACGACUUUUUUGGGGUUCUGAUUUCUGCCAGUCUAAGCGAGGUCCAGCUGAUCUUGGCCAGAUGGACUCAUUCGUUCCCGGCGUCACACCUGUAUGGGUGAAGACGUGGGGAUGUUCACACAAUGCUAGUGAUAGUGAAUAUAUGGCUGGUAUUUUGGCCAAAGCAGGUUAUCCAAUCGUAAAGAAAGCAGAUGAUGCUAAAAUUUGGGUUUUGAAUAGUUGCACAGUGAAAACGCCAUCGGAAGCUCAAGCAAGCAACCUGUGCAAAGAAGGGAAGAAAUUGGGAAAGCAUGUGGUCAUGGCUGGAUGUGUGUCACAGGCUGCACCCGACGAGCCAUGGUUAAAAGACGUUUCUAUCAUCGGAGUGAAGCAAAUUGACCGAAUAGUAGAAGUUGUGGAGGAAACUUUGAAAGGAAAUACAGUCCGAUUACUUAGCCGGAAGCGACCAGAUGCGGGUUUAUCAUUGCCAAAGAUGCGUAAGAAUGAGCUGGUGGAGGUCUUAGCGAUAAACACUGGAUGCCUCAAUCACUGCACUUACUGUAAGACGAAAAUGGCAAGAGGAGAUUUGAAAAGCUAUCCACUGGAGGAGUUAGUGGAGCAGGCUAGAACAGCAUUUGAACGAGAUGGUGUAAAAGAGCUGUGGCUUACCUCUGAAGAUCUUGGAGCUUGGGGUAGAGAUAUCGGCUUGGUGCUCCCCGAUCUUCUGGAUGAGCUUGUAAAGGUUAUCCCCGAGGGAUGUAUGAUGCGGCUGGGAAUGACCAAUCCACCAUAUAUUCUUGAUUAUCUGGAGGAGAUUGCCAACAUACUCAAGCACCCUCGUGUUUACUCUUUUCUGCAUAUCCCAGUGCAAUCGGGCAGUGACGCCGUGUUACGAGAUAUGAAACGAGAAUACAAUUGCGAUCAUUUUAGACAGAUUAUGGAUUUUAUGCUGAAAAACGUUCCCAACAUAUACAUUGCUACGGAUAUGAUUUGCGCUUUUCCUACGGAAACCGAAGAAGAUUUUGAAGAAAGCAUGCAGCUUGUUCGAGACUACAAAUUCCCGUCACUGUUUAUCAAUCAAUUCUAUCCUCGAUCUGGCACACCAGCAGCUCGAAUGAAAAAGGUCGAUACGGUGGAGGCUAGACGGCGUACGGCUGCUAUGUCAGCAUUAUUCCGAGGAUAUACUCGAUACACCCCUGAACGAAUCGGAGAGGAACAUAAUGUUCUGGUUUGCGAAAUGGCCACAGAUGGAGUACACGCCGUCGGGCAUAACAAAUGCUACGAACAUUUCCUCGUCCCAUUCUACGAUGGCCUGAUGGGCAACUGGGUACGCGUUCGGGUAGUGGAAGUGGCGAAAUUCCACAUGCGAAGUGAAUUGUGCGAGAAGCCACCUGAAAAACGGAAAGAGCCUGUGCUGAGAGAUUGGACAGCAAAGAGCUUGGAUGACUGUAUACCUAUCGGGACAUUCAAACCCGGAGAAACAAUCAGCCCCGUAGCCACUGUAGAGAAGUCACCAAUUGCUGUGAUUGUGUUGGGUGUCCCAAUACUCGUUGGCAUAAUAUUGUGGUAUUUUAUUGGUAUCUGA